AGCUAACUUCCGGUGGUGACACUCCUCCGUUGCUCUAUCUCUCUCUGAGCCUAGGAGAUGAGGUUAACAUCACCUGCCAUUCUCAGCUUUCUCAUUUUCUGCGAUCUACUUCUCUGUCAUCCCUCAUUCUCUUUCUCUCUCCUCGCCGAUAACUCGGAGACGGGGUCGGAGCUUCCCCUCCCGGAAACCAACGCAACCACCGUUGGUAAUGCCUCGCUCCCGAGAUCCAACGAGGAUAGCUUCGCUAACAUGAUUGAUCGGGCUCUAGAAAGAGAGUUCCCCGAGAAUGAGCAGAAUGAAGGUACUGAUGCUGGUAGUUUCAACAACAGUGUUGCUGACCAGCAGGCUGUUUUGGAAACAGUUGCUAGAGUUAAGCCCAAGAAAAAUGAGAGCAAAGAGGAAAAAUCAUUUCAGUUCCACGAUGUUUUCAAUUUGGAUAAUGAGAAUAGGGCAGAGGAUAUGCCAACUUUAAUUGAUCGAAAGGACAAUGUCUUUAUCAUAUCCAAUCCCAAGUCAAAGUAUCCUGUUCUUCAAUUAGACCUGAGAUUGAUAUCAGAUCUUGUGGUUGUUUUUGUAUCUGCAACCUGUGGUGGCAUUGCCUUUGCUUGUGCUGGACAACCGGUUAUGACUGGAUAUCUGCUAGCAGGAUCUAUCAUUGGACCUGGAGGUUUGAGUUUUGUUAGUGAAAUGGUCCAAGUUGAGACUGUUGCUCAAUUUGGUGUCAUAUUUCUGCUCUUUGCAUUGGGCUUAGAGUUUUCCACAACAAAGCUCCGAGUUGUUCGAGCAGUGGCUAUUCUUGGAGGUCUGCUCCAAAUUUUCUUAUUUAUGUGCUUGUGUGGAAUAACAGCUUUGUUAUGUGGUGGCAAAUCAUCUGAAGGAAUAUUUGUGGGUACAUUUCUAUCCAUGUCUUCAACGGCAGUGGUCUUGAAAUUCUUAAUGGAAAGGAAUAGCGUCAAUGCCCUUUAUGGUCAGGUUACAAUUGGAACUCUGAUUCUGCAGGACUGUGCUAUUGGUUUGCUCUUUGCACUGCUUCCGAUCCUGGGUGGUACAUCAGGUGUUAUUCAGGGAGUAAUAUCGAUGACUAAAUCGUUGGUAAUCUUAAUUACUUUUUUGGCCAUUUUAUCCAUAUUAUCUCGUACAUGUGUACCAUGGUUCCUUAAGCUUAUGAUAAGCUUAUCAUCUCAGACCAAUGAACUUUAUCAAUUGGCAUCGGUGGCAUUCUGCCUACUUGUUGCUUGGUGUAGUGAUAAGCUGGGUUUAAGCCUUGAACUGGGUUCCUUCGCUGCAGGAGUGAUGAUAUCAACAACAGAUCUUGGUCAACAUACACUUGAACAAGUUGAGCCAAUUCGCAACUUUUUUGCCGCUCUGUUCUUGGCCAGCAUUGGGAUGCUUAUACAUGUCCAUUUCCUUUGGAAUCAUGUUGACAUUUUACUGGCAGCAGUUAUAUUGGUGAUCAUUAUAAAAACAAUCGUAGCUGCAUCUGUUGUCAAGGGUUUUGGAUACAACAACAAGACUUCGCUUCUUGUUGGGAUGUCCCUGGCACAAAUUGGGGAAUUUGCCUUUGUUCUUCUCAGUCGUGCUUCAAAUCUUCAUUUAGUUGAGGGAAAGUUGUAUUUGUUGCUCCUUGGGACAACAGCGCUCAGUCUGGUGACUACACCUUUGCUUUUCAAGCUAAUUCCUGCUGUUGUGCAUCUUGGUGCGUUGUUGCGGUGGUUCCCUCCUGAUAGUCAAUCUGAGAUUGCAUUUAAAGGGGACAGCUUUCGUGCAGACAGUGCUAAGCGUAUUACUUUGAUGGUUCAAGGCUCUCAUGAUUCAUAAUAUUAAAAUAUAUAAUUAAGCAGAAAUGCAAGUUGCGGGCUUUACCUGAUAACUCUCGUACUCUGGAGGACAGGCGCCAAAGAGUGCAACUAAGGUUGAGUAAAUGAAUUCAUUUUCCAUUGCAAAAGAACUUUAUAUGCUGCCUGCUUCCGGAACACGCACCGCAAAAUGGCAAACGCAGUCCAAGGGGGCUAGGAGUUUAAAUCGGAUCCAUCCACUAACCCAGUAACUUGGGCCAUGUUAUUAACUUGAAUGGCCUAUUUUUGUGUAUAAAGUAAUGUCUAGUUGCAGUUGGUAGUGUAAUUCAUUUUAGAAGAGAUCCAUUUAAAUUCCUCCCCCGAGUUGU